UACCCUUACAUCCAAUUCAAAAUAACAGCAAACCCACCUACUCAAACCCGAAAUUAAAAAGAAAAAGGAAAAAAAGAACAUCGUCUCUGCGCCCACUGAAACCCUAGCUACCCACAUCGCCGCGUGUUCCAUCUCUACAGCAAACAGAGUCGCAGAAAAGAGGUUUUGCGAUUCGUUUGAGAAGGAAUCAGUUGAAGCAGGGGGGAAUCAAGAUGGCGCGGAAAGGCUUGAUGGAACAAGACUUGAGUAAAUUGGAUGUGACGAAGUUGCAUCCACUCUCUCCUGAAGUUAUAUCGCGUCAGGCCACUAUUAAUAUAGGUACUAUUGGUCAUGUGGCGCAUGGGAAGUCUACUGUUGUGAAAGCAAUUUCUGGUGUUCAGACAGUUCGUUUUAAAAAUGAGUUGGAGCGUAAUAUUACAAUAAAGCUCGGAUAUGCAAACGCGAAGAUAUACAAGUGCGAAGAUGAGCGGUGUCCUCGGCCAAAGUGCUACAAGGCAUAUGGAAGUGGAAAGGAAGAUAAUCCUGUGUGUGAUGUAGAUCCCAAACACUGCAGGAUGAAUUUGCUGAGACAUGUCUCUUUUGUUGAUUGCCCGGGUCAUGACAUUCUCAUGGCUACUAUGCUUAAUGGAGCAGCAAUUAUGGAUGGAGCUUUACUUCUCAUUGCUGCGAAUGAGAGCUGUCCCCAACCACAGACUUCUGAACACCUUGCUGCUGUUGAAAUCAUGCGUCUCCAACAUAUUAUAAUUCUUCAAAAUAAAGUGGAUCUUAUUCAGGAAAAUGCGGCCAUAAACCAGCAUGAAGCUAUUCAGAAAUUUAUUCAGGGAACUGUUGCUGAUGGUGCACCAGUAGUGCCAAUUUCUGCUCAGCUAAAGUAUAACAUAGAUGUUGUGUGUGAGUACAUCAUAAAAAAGAUCCCGAUUCCAGAGAGGAACUUUACCUCACCACCUAACAUGAUUGUGAUUCGAUCUUUUGAUGUAAACAAGCCUGGAUAUGAGGUUGAUGAGAUAAGAGGGGGCGUGGCUGGAGGAAGCAUCUUCAGGGGUGUCUUGAAGGUCAAUCAAUUUAUUGAGAUCCGUCCCGGGAUCAUUGUUAAAGAUGAUGCUGGGAACAUGAAAUGCACCCCAAUAUAUACUAGAAUAGUAUCAUUGUAUGCUGAGCAGAAUGAGCUACAAUUUGCUGUGCCCGGAGGUCUCAUUGGUGUUGGCACAACCAUGGACCCCACUCUGACACGUGCAGAUAGGUUGGUGGGUCAGGUUCUUGGUGAUGUUGGAUCUCUUCCUGAAAUUUUUGGUGAACUUGAGGUGAAUUUCUUCCUUUUGAGACGGCUUAUUGGUGUCAGGACAAAGGGUUCGGAGAAGCAGGGAAAGGUAUCAAAACUGACGAAGGGAGAGAUUCUUAUGCUGAACAUCGGGUCAAUGUCAUCUGGGGCUCGAGUUAUUGCUGUGAAGAAUGAUUUGGCAAAGCUACAACUGACUUCCCCAGUCUGCACCAGCAAGGGUGAGAAGAUUGCAUUGAGCCGCCGAGUGGAGAAGCACUGGCGGCUCAUUGGGUGGGGUAUGAUUCAAGCUGGAACCACCAUUGAAGUUCCACCCUGCCCUCUCUGAGUGUUUUUUGAACAGGUAGACCAGCUAGAGAAAAGCAGUAAAACCAGGAUAAGACAGGAUUAUCUAAUAUGUGGGAAGGGAGGCAAUUGCUUGGAUCAAUUUUUUUCCGGUGGCGAAGAAAACAUGCUGCGAUGAAUGGCUCAUCUCAUUGUCUGUGUUUUGUUUUUUUCUUUAAUAUUCCAAUUUUUAACCGCGAGUCAUUUUGGAUCAUACUAGUGAUCCGUGCUCCACCACCGUGGGCAGGAUAAUUUUUUUCUAACCUUAAAAGUAAAGACGCUAGGAAGAAAUUUUUUUGA